UAUGUCCAUUUGUAUUUGCCAUGCACGACAGGCCGGACUCCAACGUCUUCUGCUGGAUAAACUAAUUUCUUCUGUAAUAUCAUCUUUACCAUGAUAUAGCAAUGUUGAGGAGUUAAAACAUUCAAAGAUGGAAGAAUUGCCAAAAGCUUUCGUUAGUUCCCUGAGAGUGCUCUUUGAGAUUUUAGACGAGGACUCCGACGGUUACGUGGAACUUGCGGAGAUUGAGAAGAGAUGGCAGGGGAAUUCCGUCACCGGACUCCCCGCCGGAGUUGUGGACUCGCUGAGAGGCAUCGCACCGAAGGACGGGCGGCUGUCAUUCGAGCGAUUCUGCUCAGGGCUCAAGAUCACCCUGGAGAAAAACCGGGCUAGCAGCAAAGGGAGGCAAGUGCAAGUCAGGGGAUCAAGACACUCAAAAGAUGAAAAGCAACUGACCACUGCAACUGUGCGACCCAAUAAUGUAGUCCAUCCGAUGAGGGCAAAAAGUGCUCCACAACUUCAUGAUGUUCCCACAAAACCAGUUCGACAAAUGCGGAACUCUCGAUCAUCUACGUCUGCACUUCCAAAUGAAAAGAAGACUAUUGACCCUCCAGACUACGCUGCACAUAUGCAGAAAACAAAGGAAAAGUCACGGAAACAGAGUGAAAAAUCAGACGAAAUAUAUUCCAAACCGCAGUCUCAAACAGACGCUGGGGCCAAUCCCAGUUUGGCUGACCGAAAGCGUGUUGAGGCAACAAUAAAAAGCUGGCAACAAGAAAAAAGACAAAGCUCUUCACAAUUCCAAAGACAGCCAGAUGUUAUUUAUGCCAGGAAACAAGAUGUCAAUGUGUAUGCUAAACCACCGCAGCAAAGCUUUCCUGAUGAAACAUCCAAACAGCAUGCAGAGUCACAUUAUGAGAAGCCAGUGAGGAAGACGAGUGAGAGUACUCAGAAAGCAGGAGGAAGAAGGAAAAAAGAUGAACCUCGGAGACACACUCUAUCCAAUGGCAUUGAUUAUAAUAUGCUGAAGCGCAUGAAGCAACUUGAACAAGAAAGGGACAUCUUUCUGCAGGGCUUAGAAGCUCUGGAGCUAGCAAGGGAUUGGUAUAGACAGCAGCUAGCUAGCAUCAGAGACAGGCAGGAGAGAAUCAACAAAGCACAAAUUGAUUUCACAGAGGACAUUGAUCACCAGGACAUGGUUGUAUACAGGACGACACGAAUCACAGAUCUUAACAGGCAACUCAGGGCACUCAUAGCUACCCCAGAAAAGGGCUUUCCUAACCACAUGAACCUUGCUAUUAACCAGUAUGGGAAGCCUACCGGUAUCCAGCAGGGCGACAUCGGUGCACCCCUCUUAGUUGGUAAACUCAAGCAACAGAACAAACAAUUAACAGAUGAGGUGUCUUCAAAGAGCGACCGGAUUUCCAAACUGGAGCAAGAAAAGGCUGCCCUCAUAAGGCAGCUGUUUGAAGCGAGGGGUCGAAACACCAACACCAACAGGGACCUACCUGAUAAUACGACAUUCCUGUGA